UGGAAUCAAUCGCACAUGAUAUUCUGCUCAUGCGAACAAUUGCCAAUCAGUAGCCCCCCAUCACACUCGCAAUGGCUGAUUUUGACAAUCUCGAUGCCGGGGACUUCUUCAAGGACCCCGAGGGCUUCUACCCCCCGGAGAAAGAGCCCACCUUUGCUGAGCACCACAUGCUUUCUGGUCAGACAGUGCGCGUGCGCCUCGUCGGCAGUCAUCCUCUCUACGGCGAUCUGCUAUGGAACGCCGGCCGGAUAAGCUCCAUCACUCUAGAAGAGAGAGCCGACGAGCUCCUUAAGGGAAAGGAUGUCUUGGAGAUUGGCGCCGCAGCAGGCGUCCCCAGCAUCGUCAGCGCCAUCAAGGGCGCCCGUACCGUCGUCAUGACCGAUUACUACGAUCCCGAUUUGGUCGAUAACAUGCGCCAGAACGCCGAGUCCGCUGCGCCCAUGAUCCCGAGUUCCUCGUCGCUUCACGUUAAUGGAUAUAGAUGGGGUGAUCCGGUUGAGCCGCUGUUUGAGCGUCUACCUGAGGGAUCGAAGGGAUUUGAUCUAAUCAUCAUGGCGGACGUGGUGUAUAACCAUCCCCAGCAUCCCAACUUGAUCAAGACCAUGCAGAUGACUCUGAAGCGGUCGAGCGAGGCUGUCGCUUUGGUCAUCUUCACGCCGUACCAGCCGUGGCUUCUGCCAAAAACCGAGAAAUUCUUCCCUCUGGCUGAGGAGAAUGGAUUCGUCGUGACCAAGAUUUUUGAAAAGGUUCUGGAUGAACAUCUCUUUGUGGAUGAUCCUGGUGAUGAGAAGCUUAGAAGAACUGUCUUCGGGUAUGAAAUUCGCUGGUCUCCCGAGCAGUUGAAAUGAUAAACAACAAGAUAUAAAAGUACAUAGAGGAUACCUGGCGUUUGGAUAUGAUUAUAGAUCAAAAGUUUGGUUAGAUUUCAAUUGAAGAUAAGCAUGCUGACAUCUACGACACGUACGAUAGCCAUUUAUAAUAGCAAAUAGCAUAAAUAAAUCCAACUACCAAUAUCAUAUCGUAC